CGGCACGGAGCAACUCUCGUAAAUUAAGGCAUUAUCGAAAAAAGUGGUAUAUAAACCGCGGAACAUCUUCAACUAAUCAUCAGUCUCAGUUUCCUCAAUUUGUGGAAAGCAUCUCUUCUUCUUACAAAAUUCAUCAUGAAACAGUUCGUAGUUCUCGCUGCCCUCGUGGUCGUUGCUUGCGCUGGACGUCUUCCACACAAUUCUUAUCAUCGUGGUGCUGCAAGUCGUCGUGUGGACAACUCCUACUUGGCCCCAGCUGCUGAAUCUCGAGUUGACAACUCAUAUUUGGCACCUGCUGCUGAGUCACGACGAGUCGAUAACUCAUAUUUAGCUCCAGUUGCCGAAUCCCGUGUGGAAAGCACCUUCGUGGCUCCAGCUGCCAGUGAAAUUGUCCUCGUUAAUGAGAGAUUACACGAGAACAACGGUUUGGAGGGCUACCAAUACAGCUACGAACUUUCUGAUGGACAAAAGAAAGAGGAAACCGCUGAAUUGAUCAACGCCGGAAGUGAAGAAGAAGCCAUUGCUGUCCGCGGAAGCUACCAAUGGGUUGACCCAGCCACUGGCCAGGAAUACAAAGUCACCUAUGUCGCUGACGAAAAUGGCUUCCGUGCCGAGGGAGAUCAUCUUCCACGUGCCUAAUUUUAUAUGUCAACAAAGAAAAAAAACAACAACAGAAACGAACAAUAAAAAAUGCAAUCUUUUAAAUUAA